CCAACCCCUGAUCCAACAGGAGGUGGUUACUCAGUCCUGCUCUCUGGCUGAAUGGACCAACUGUUUCGCUUUGCAGAGUUUCAUAAGUGCUGCAGCUCCAACGCACAGUGUUGAUACGUGCUUGCGUGAGCGUCAAAGGAGGUUUUCCACUUGCUGCUCUUAAACCAAAACCCCGCUAAACGCUCGGCCCUGCAUCUGAGGGAGCUAACGUUUGAGAAUGGCACGGACUAUGGGACUGUUGGCGAGUUGUUUGUUGUUUCUUUUCUCCCCCGGUGCGGAGGGUGAGCGCAGCAGGGAGAGAGUUUACUACGUGGGGAUCAUUGAGGACUCGUGGGAUUAUGCACCCAGUGGAAAAAACCUUCUUAACGGCAAAGACGUCCAAAAUGAUGAGCAUGCAAGAGUAUUCCUGGAAAGAGGGCCGCACCGUAUUGGCAGUGUUUAUAAAAAGGCCAUGUUCAGACAGUAUACAGAUGCUACGUACAGCAGCCUGGCCCCUCGGCCUGCCUGGCUGGGCUUCCUGGGGCCCAUACUGCGAGCUGAGGUUGAUGAAGUUAUUGUGGUCCACCUGAAGAACUUUGCGACCAGGAACUUCUCUAUACAUCCCCAUGGAGUUUUCUAUGAGAAGAAUGCAGAGGGAGCGCUCUAUCCAGAUGGGACAUCAAAAAGUUUGAAGAAGGAUGACUCUAUUCCUCCGGGAGGCAGCUACACCUACCGCUGGGAGGUCAAACCAGAAUUUGGCCCCACAGAUGACGAUGCCAACUGCCUGACCUGGGUCUACCACUCCCACGUAGAUUCCCCCAUGGACAUCUCCUCAGGACUUAUCGGGCCUCUGCUCACCUGCAAGAAAGGAAUGUUAAAGGACGAUCCAGUCCAGGGUCAGACAAAGCCGGUGUCUGUUGAAGAGUCGGCCCGAAAUGAUGUGGACCAGGAUAUCUUCCUGAUGUUCAACGUGGUGGAUGAAAAUCUGAGUUGGUACCUGGAGGACAACAUUCAGAAGUGCUUUGAUCCGGAUGGAGUCAACCGAGAAGACCCAGACUUUGUGGAGUCAAACCUGAUGCACACUAUUAGUGGGUACAUGUUUGGUAAUCUGCCCGGAAUCCAGCUAUGCCAGCACCGUGCAGUAGCCUGGCAUUUGUUUGGCAUGGGCAACGAGGUGGACAUUCAUACUGCCUUUUUCCACGGGAAUACACUGCUGGACCGUGGCCACCGCACUGACGUUCUCAGCCUGUUCCCAGCCAUUUUUGCUACAGCUGAGAUGGUUCCGAAAGCAAGAGGAAAGUGGCUAUUGACGUGCCAGGUUAACGAUCACUUGCAGGCUGGGAUGCAGGCCUUUUAUGAAGUGAAGUCAUGUGGCAGUGGGGCCAGCUCCACAGUGAUGCGCGGUAUAGUGAGGAAUUACUACCUGGCAGCAGAGAAAGUCCAGUGGAGCUAUGCUCCCUCAGGAAAAGAUCUGAUUAAUAAUGUAUCCCUUACUGAGGCCAACAGUGCAUCAGAGGUGUUUUUUGGCAGAGAUGGUGGACGAAUCGGAGGUCGUUACCUGAAAGUGAUAUACAAAGAGUACACGGACAAUACCUUCACCACAACAAAAACACCAACACCUGAUUCUCGACACUUAGGACUCUUAGGUCCAGUACUGAGGGCAGAGGAAGGAGACACUCUCAGAGUGACAUUCAUGAAUAGAGCUGAUAGAAACUUCAGCAUUGAGCCUCAUGGCCUACACUAUGACAAACACUUCCAGGGAAGCAGCUAUGAGGACGGUGUCAAUAAGCCAGGCUCCCACGUUGGUCCAGGGGAGAACUUCACCUACAUCUGGCAGGUGCUGGAAGGGCCAUCUUCAUCAGAUUCUCCCUGUGUCCCCUACCUGUACUACUCUGCCACGGAUCCUGUCAUGGACACCAACUCUGGAUUAGUGGGACCUCUGCUCGUUUGCAAGAAAGGAACACUGAGGGAGAAAGGAACCCAGGAUGUGGACAAGGAGCUCUUCCUUCUGUUUUCUGUCAUGGAUGAAAACCUGAGCUGGUAUUUGGAGGAAAAUAUCAAGAUGUUCAGCACCAAUGAGUCAAAUCCAGAACACGAGGACUUCAAGGAGAGCAAUAAGAUGCAUGCUGUAAACGGACGCAUGUAUGGGAACCUUGCCGGGCUGGAUAUGUGUGCUGGUGACAAAGUUAGGUGGUACACCUUCGGGCUAGGUACAGAAGUAGACAUCCAUGGGGUUUAUUUCGAAGGGAACACCUUCAAGAAUCAAGGCACAACUCGUGACACUCUCAGUCUAUUUCCUCACACCACUGCUACUGCCGUCAUGCAGCCAAACAAUUCUGGUGUGUAUGAGGUGAGCUGCAGAGUAACAGACCACUACUCUGCUGGCAUGAGGCAGCAGUACAGAGUGAACCUCUGCCCGAAAAACAAAGUGAAGCGCACACACUCAGAGCCAACCAACAUUGUGCAGUAUUUUAUUAGUGCUGAGGAAAUAGAGUGGGACUACUCACCCGAGAGAGACUGGGAGCUGGAGAAACACGGCACAACAUCAAAGGACAGUCCAGGCGCAAAAUACGUGGAGAAAGGGAAAAACAGAAUUGGCUCGCGCUACAAGAAGGUGGUGUAUAGAGAAUACACUAAUGACACCUUCAGAGUUCAGAAGAAACGCCAGCCCAACCAGGAACACUUGGGAAUUAUUGGUCCAAUAAUCAAAGCAGAGGUAGGAGAGCAGAUCGUGAUCACAUUCAAGAACAAAGCCAGCCGGCCAUAUUCGAUUACUGCACAUGGAGUUAAAGCCAGUGGUGCACACAUUCCUGUCAAACCUGGCCACAUAAUCGAGUUGACGUGGGAUGUUCCUCAAAGCUCUAGUCCAGGGGUAUCAGAUCCUAACUGCAUCUCUUAUGCCUACUACUCCAAUGUUGAUUUCAUCAAGGAUCUGUACAGUGGUCUUCUGGGGCCUCUGGUGAUAUGCAGGCCUGGUACUCUGCAGCAGGGCGAGGGCCCCGACAGACCGAGGGCUGACGUGGAGAAGGAGUUUGCUCUGCUCUUCAUGGUGCAUGAUGAAAACCAGUCCUGGUACUUGGAUGACAACAUCAGAACAUACCUAGGCAUUCACCCUGAUACCGUAAAGGGAGAUGAAGACUUUAUAGAGAGUAACAUGAUGCACGGGAUCAAUGGUAUGUUGUACGGUAACCUCCAUGGACUGGUGAUGAUGCAGGGCCAGACAGUUGACUGGUAUCUACUGGGUAUGGGCAACGAAGUGGACAUGCACACCGUUCACUUCCACGCAGAGACAUUCACCUACAAGACAGAUCAUGUGCACCGUGCAGAUGUCUUUGACCUCUUCCCGGGGACUUUCCAGACUGUGGAGAUGGUGGCCGGAAACCCGGGGACUUGGUUGCUUCACUGUCACUUGACUGACCACAUCCGUGCAGGCAUGGAGACCACUUUCACUAUCAAAGUUUCAGGUCCAGAUGACGACUCACAUGCACCAAGAACUGAAGGCUCCUUAAAGACGCUGCUGCUCUCGCUUGGUGUUGUGGCUGUGGGUAGACUCAACUGAUGAAUGGACUGUGACACUGGGCUGUCUGUGCGUUACUACAAUACUGGUCACUACUGCACCUAAAAAUCCAGAGCCAAAAUCACUGUUGGAGGUUAUGUAUGUAAAUAUCAAGCUUUUCAAAAUAUAUCAAUGACUGUAUAGCGUAAAGUUUAGACAAAAGAAGCAUUUUAUAAUGGUGAGUUGUUUCAAUUUUGCUGUUUUCUGGCAUGUUGUGCUGUGUUGGAUGUGCAAUAAAGACAUUUAUUCAA